AUGUGGAACGGCAUAGAAGUCAUACGCCUAAUCGAUGAAGUACGUAUUCGGCCGGUGUUAUGGGAUGUACAGCGUAGACACUCGUAUAAAAUAAUUAAAAAACAAUGGAAGGAAGUAGCAGAGGCUGUAGGGGUUGAUGUUCGUCAAUGUCGACGCAAAUGGGGAAACUUACGCGAUACCUAUCGUGCCUUGUUGAGACGCUGUGAAAAUCGCAUAAAACGAGAUAAGGCAUUGGGUGUUUAUAAUCCAAAAAUUCAAUAUGCAAUUAAAUGGACUUAUUAUAAGGAACUAAGUUUUAUCAAGGACAAUACACGUACACGUCGAAAUCGUCCGCCAAUACAUCAAGACCAGAACAUCAAUUCGCAACACAGUUUCAAUGAAUCGCAAUCAAAUGAUAUUGGUGAACCACAAACAACUGAAGAACCUGACGAUUAUGAAAUGUUCUCGGCUGGUGAUUAUCGUGAAAUGGAAGGGGGACAUUAUGAGGAGUAUGAGGAAUUUGACGACAAUGAUGACGAUGAUGGUAAUGACCAAAUAUCAACGGAACAAUUUAAAAAUUUAUUUAUACCUGAAGACGAAUUUAGACGGAGUAUUUCUGCGACACAAAAAUCAGUUCCUAAUAAUAUUACAAAACGUACAGCUGGUGAAAAUGUUGGAACCACUACGACACUGAAAGCAGAAGCCUCCACACAGACAGCUACUACCAGUAAUGCCAACAAAAAGGAUUGUAAUUGCUCGGCACAAAAUGAAAAUCUGCUCAAAGAUAUUCACAAUGUUCUAAAACUGAUGCAGCAACAAAUGUCAACGACUGCAACUAAUAAUAAGGAUCCUGAUUACAACUUUCUUGUCAGUUUUUUACCACAAUUAAAACAAAUGAACGAUAUACAAAAUAUACAAUUUCGUGCACGUAUGAGUGAUUUGGUAUUGGAUAUUUUAAUGCCUGUAAUGCCAACUCUAACACCAUUUCCAGGAUCACAAAUAGGCGCGACUAGCGAACUUCAUGGUAAUUGCCAGUCGAAUACAUUCGAAAAUGCAAACACCGAUGAUGCAGAUAACAAAGACAAUGUGUUUGCAGCUACUUCUACCAGUUCCAGGCCUUUCUCAUAA